AUGUCUGACAAAAAGAAGAUUAGCAUAGCUGAUCAAUCAAAUAAUACAGGAUUAUCCGAUGAUAUAUUUCAAGAACUUAAAGAAUUACAAAAUCAAGCAAGACUGGAUGAUAAUAUUACGAGUCAAUACAAGAAUCAAAUAGACAUUAUAUUCCAGAUAGUCAAUCUACUACAGAAUAACUCGAAUGCAAGUAUUAAUGAUAUAUACUAUUUGUUGGAUCAUGAAUUGCCUACUCCUUCGAUACUUUCUAUUACAUCAUUGGCAAUACAAUUGAAUAAACUUCGGUUGUUGGAUUUGAAAUCGAGAACUGAAUCAAUAGUUCAGGUGGGGAAGCAAAUGCAAACCAAAAUCGAUAAAUUACAACAAUACAAAUCUGAAUUGGAGAAUGAAUUGGAUCGAAAUAGAUUAAAAAUGUUGAAAAAAGAAGCUGAACUUAUACGUGUUUAUGAGGAAGAAGUUAGUAAAGUCAAUUCCCAUAUUGAAGAUUAUAAAUUUACAAAGAUAAAACAAGUUGAAAUACAAGCUUUAAAGCUUCAAUAUUCGAAUUUUAAAAUUUUAUAUGGGACAGCAUUUCAACAUAAGGAUAAGAAAUUAUUGUUCAAUCAUCAACCUAUCUUGAGGCUUGAAGAAUUUUUAGGAUAUAAUCUUUUGGUUAUUAAUCAGUUCCUUGAAAGGUUAAUUAUUCUACAAUCCCACUUAUCCCUUUUAUUUAAUGUUGAUCUACCUCAUUUGAAAGAAUUGAUGAAUUAUGUACCAGAUGAAAAGUUUUAUAAUCUAAUUAGGAAGAAGGAGUUGAUAAUUUCUGGUAGAGAGGCGGAGGAAGAGGACAGCGAUAAACUAGAUGAACAAUCAUCGGAUAAAGGAAACUCAAUGGAAAUACCCAAAGGAAUACCCAAUCCAACUGAGAAGAUUUUUAGAUUUGGCGAUGGAUAUAACUUGCCACCAUCAUCAAAAACAUUAAAUUAUCAACUACGACGCAGGGCAUCGUCUGUUGAGCCAGCGGAUUUGAAUAAUAUUCCAGUAAUUAAAGAACCCUCUACUUCGACUUCGUCACCUUCGAAAACAACUUCAAGAAAGAUCAUAAUUCCUCAUAAAAUUAUAAACAAACCUUUCAACAAACUUGCAAUAAAGGAUUUUUUAAAGCUUGUGGGUAUCAUUGUUAAAAUAAUUGUCAACUUUCAAGUGUUUUUAAUUUCCACAAGUUAUGAAACGGAGUUGAAAUCUGAGGAAUGGUGUAAUUUCUACAAUAUACUUCGAGAGAUCUCCAAUCUUGAUCAGGUAUUAAAAGACAAAAUUGCAAAAGAACCAGAUUCGAGACCAAUAACAACCCAACUGUCGACUGAUCUUGAAAUGAGAGCUAAUUUCGAAGUACUUAUGGAAUUAGUUUAUGAGAAGCUCAUGACGUCGUCGUACAGUAGAAAACAACACAAUCGACCUAUUGCUUUACAAGAUUUGAAUUUAAAGAAUUUAGUAUUUAAUCUGACCAAACUAAGCGAUGAUUGGGACAUUGUCAGCGGUAUGUCAUAA